AUGAAGCACAUUCGUUGUUCGGGCACGGCCUACGAAAUUGGCCUGAAACAUGGCAGGACCGCUAAAGAAGAGGUCAGACGCAGUGUCGGAUUUUACGAGAGUCUCUUCCAACAGAAUGUUGGAUACUCAUGGCCUGAAGUGCGCGACGUGGCAACAAAAUUCCUCCCGUUUCUACAAAAGUCAUUCCCAGACUACGUCAACGAGAUGAAGGGUGUCGCUGAGGGCGCAGGCGUUAUGUUUGACACCAUUUUGGCAAUGAAUGCCCGAACCGAAAUUGCGUACGGCAUCGUCAAUGAUGGUUGCACGGCUCUGGCUGUCAGGACGCAAGAGCAUACAUUCUUAGGCCAGAACUGGGACUGGAAGUCUGGGCAGAGCCCCAAUAUGCUCACCCUUCACAUCGAGCAGCCCGGCAAGCCGACCAUACACAUGAUAACAGAAGCCGGCAUCAUAGGCAAGAUUGGCCUCAACUCUUAUGGAGUAGGAGUGACCUUGAAUGCCGUAGGCGCCAAAGGAAUUCAUUUCGGCAAAAUCCCCUGCCACCUUGCUCUCCGUACCGUGCUUAACUGCACCUCUAGAGAGGCUGCGGAAAAGACGCUGCGGAAAUUUGGAGUGGCGUCAGCAUGCCAUAUUACCAUUGCCGAUGCCAAUACUGGAGCUAUCGGAAUCGAAUGUACAGCUUUUGAUAUGGUCGAGAUCCCUAUGGAUGCAAACGGGGUUUGCGCUCAUUCCAACCAUAUGAUUAGAUCCCAUGAAGUGGAAGGGAUCUCACUGGUAGUGGAUUCGCAGUUUCGCUUACAGCGCAUUCAAGAACUGAUUAGAAACGUCGGCGUUCUUACAUUGGAAAGCUUCGCUUGCAUAUUCAUGGAUGAGGAGAACUACCCCGGCGCCAUAAAUCGAGCUUUCAGUGUGAAUGACCCUACCGGGUCCGAGACGCUGUUUUCGGUGGCGAUGGACCUCAAUCAGGGAUUUGGACAAGUGAAGACUGGUCGUCCAACGUCAGAUGGAGAAGUAUUUGAGUUGAAGCCCUGA